AUUGCUAACAAAUCCAUAAAGAAAACACCGCUCACUCCCUCAUUAGCCAGCUUUGUGGAAUCGCAUUUCUCUUUGAUCUCUCCAACGAAGUGACAAAAAUGGUGUUCGAGGUGUCCAAAGUGCCAACGACGCCGUUCGAUGACCAGAAGCCUGGCACUUCUGGCCUCCGUAAGAAGGUGAAAGUUUUUGUUCAACCUCAUUAUUUGCACAAUUUUGUUCAGUCAACAUUCAACGCCCUCACACCAGAGAAAGUUAGAGGCGCUACACUUGUUGUUUCUGGUGACGGUCGUUAUUUCUCAAAGGACGCUAUUCAGAUAAUAAUCAAGAUGUCAGCUGCAAAUGGAGUAAGGCGUGUAUGGGUUGGUCAAAAUGGUUUGCUUUCAACUCCAGCUGUAUCAGCUGUGAUACGUGAAAGAGUUGGUGCAGAUGGAUCCAAAGCAACUGGGGCCUUCAUUUUGACAGCUAGUCACAAUCCCGGUGGUCCUGAUGAGGAUUUUGGAAUUAAAUACAACAUGGAAAAUGGUGGACCUGCUCCAGAGGCCAUCACUGAUAAGAUCUUUGAGAACACAAAAACAAUAAAAGAAUAUCUGAUUGCCGAGGGGCUACCAAAAGUAGACAUUAGUGCAAUCGGUGUUACCAACUUUACGGGGCCUGAAGGAAAUUUUGAUGUUGAAGUUUUUGAUUCAGCUAGUGACUACAUAAAAUUGAUGAAAUCAAUUUUUGACUUUGAGCUUAUCCGCAAGCUGCUUUCAUCUCCGAAGUUUACGUUCUGCUAUGACGCGCUUCAUGGAGUUGCUGGAGCUUAUGCAAAUCGCAUUUUUGUGGAGGAGCUCGGGGCACAAACAAGCUCCCUUUUGAACUGCGUACCCAAGGAGGAUUUUGGAGGAGGACAUCCCGAUCCCAAUCUGACUUAUGCCAAGGAGUUGGUUGAGCGCAUGGGAUUGGGACAAUCAAAUCCUGAAGUUGAACCACCCGAGUUUGGUGCGGCUGCUGAUGGUGAUGCUGAUCGUAACAUGAUCCUGGGUAAAAGGUUUUUUGUCACUCCAUCAGAUUCAGUAGCCAUCAUUGCUGCCAAUGCUGUUAAUGCAAUUCCUUACUUUUCUUCUGGUUUAAAGGGAGUUGCCAGGAGUAUGCCCACAUCAGCUGCCCUUGAUGUUGUGGCCAAGAACUUGGGACUGAAAUUUUUUGAGGUACCCACUGGCUGGAAAUUUUUUGGGAAUUUAAUGGAUGCUGGAAUGUGUUCAAUUUGUGGAGAAGAAAGUUUUGGAACUGGCUCUGACCAUAUACGUGAGAAAGAUGGAAUCUGGGCUGUUUUGGCCUGGCUUUCAAUCCUUGCAUAUAAAAAUAAGGAAAAUCUCAAUGGUGACAAGCUUGUGUCAGUUGAGGACAUAGUUCGUCAGCAUUGGGCUACCUAUGGUCGACACUUUUAUACUCGAUAUGACUAUGAGAAUGUAGAUGCUGGUGGAGCGAAGGAUUUAAUGGCAAAUAUGGUUAAAUUGAUGGCAAACCUUGAUGAAAUUAAUGCUAUCGUGAAGGGUGCUCGACCGGAUGUGUCAAAAGUUGUGAAUGCUGAUGAGUUCGAGUACAAGGAUCCUGUUGAUGGUUCGGUUUCAAAGAAUCAAGGUAUUCGGUUUUUGUUCGAGGAUGGAUCACGAUUGAUUUUCCGCCUCUCCGGAACUGGUUCAGAAGGUGCUACUAUUCGUCUCUACAUCGAGCAAUAUAAAAAGGAUCCACCGAAAACCGGAAGAGAGGCCGAAGAACCUCACGCUCCUCUUGUGGAGGUCGCUCUAACACUGUCGAAGAUGAAGGAGUUCACUGGUCGAUCUGCACCUACUGUGGUCACAUAGAUCCAUUCUGCUACAACAUUUAAGUGUGUUUGGUUUCCUUUCGAGUAAAAG